CUCACAGCUGUUGGUUGGAUCUAGUGGUGGAUCAUAGUUUAGUUGUUAACAAUUCCGUGUUUAUUUUUUGCACACAACAAUGUCGCACAUUAAAAACCUAAUACCGAGCACAGUGAAUCCAGAUCUUCAGAAGGAACGUACUGGAGCGGAGUUCGAUGUGGAGGAGUUCUCUGCCUGGUGGCAAGGUGGUCAAGACAAACUGAAGAGGAAACGCGAGAUCGAGGAAGCCAUCUUCAGCGAUCUUGAGGAUGGGUACGGCCUCAACCAUGAGUACAUGUCCCACGAGGAGGUCUACAACUCCAGUGUGAAGAAGGUGGCUGAGGCAGCAGUUAAGCUUAAGGCUCUCCAGAACAAGCUUAACCCUGGAGGAACCGAUAUCUGGCCUGGAGGACUAUACAAUGCACAAAGCUAUGGACUUUUUCCGGCUAAUAAUCCGGUUGCCACCCACAUCACCAUGUUUGUGGAUGUGAUCAAAGGUCAGGGCACUGCCGAACAGGCGGAGAAGUGGGGCAAGGCGGCGGCGAACUGCAACAUUAUUGGCACCUACGCCCAAACGGAGCUGGCCCAUGGAACCAAUGUCCGUGGCCUGGCCACUCGGGCUGACUUUGAUCCCAAAACGGAUGAGUUUGUGCUAAAUACGCCGAAUUUGGAGGCCUAUAAGUGGUGGCCCGGUGGCUUGGGACACACUGCCAAUCAUGCGAUGGUGGUGGCUCAACUAUAUAUCGCUGAUGUUCAUCAUGGCGUGCAAAUGUUUAUUGUGCCGCUAAGAGAUUCCGAAACUCACAUGCCACUGCCGGGUGUUGAUAUCGGGGAGAUUGGCAAGAAGCUCGGCAUGGCAUCCGUGAAUCAAGGCUUCCUGGGACUGGACCAUGUCCGAAUUCCCCGCACCAACAUGCUGAUGAAGUUCGCUAAGGUGGAGCGCGACGGCACCUUCAAGGCCAGUCCGGCAUCGAGGAUAAACUACCUGACCAUGGUGUACACGCGCUGCUUGAUCGUUAGCCAGAACUCCAUGCUGCACCUGGCGGCGGCUACCAUAGCCACCAGAUACUCGGCGGUGCGGCGCCAGAGUCCCAUUGAGCCCAACCAACCCGAGCCCCAAGUCAUAGAUCAUGUGACCCAGCGCCUUAAGCUCUUCCCCGAGAUUGCCACGGGAAUCGCCUACCACCUGGCCACCGAGUACGUGUGGGAGAUGUAUGACCAGACGGUACUGGAAGCCAACAACGGCAAGUUCGAGCGACUGCCCGACAUGCACAUCCUGUCCUGCGCUCUUAAGGUCCUCUGCACCACUGACGGUUGCGCUGGCAUUGAAAGACUUCGCCUGUCCACUGGAGGACAUGGCUACCUCAUCGCCGCUAACUUGAGCAACAUCUACGGCAAUGCUGUGGCUGCCUACACCUACGAAGGCGAGAACACGGUGCUCCUUUUGCAAAUCGGACGGGCAUUGGUAAAGGCAUGGGCAUCGUUUGUGGAACAGAAACCACUGUCCGCCUCCUACAGCUACUUUGCGACCUCCAUGCAGCUGAAGGAGUUCCCCAAGUGGGACGACUCCUGGCAGUGCAUCAUCAAGGCUUUGCAGUACACGGCAGCACAUAAAACACGCAUUGCAUUCGAGAAUCUAGCGAAUCGCAUGGCCAGCGGUCAGUCUCAAGGUGUGGCGGCCAAUAACACGGGAAUCGAACUGACACGUGCAGCUGAGCUGCAUGGUCGGCAGUUCGUGUGCCAGACAUUCCUGGAGCAGAUCACUGGUGCCAAGGCCCAAAAUCGAUCCCCCGCACUCAACAGAAUUUUGGAGAACGUGCUGGAACUAUUUCUGGUCCAAACUGUGCUUAAUAAUCUCAAUGACAUUUUAAGAUUCAUUAACCUCAGCGAUGCGGAUCUGCGAUCGCUGCAAAAACGCCUGGAGGACGCACUGGAGAAGUUCCGACCCAAUGCGGUGGCCAUAUGCGAUGGGUUUGGGUUCCACGACCGUGUGUUGAACUCUGUGCUGGGCAGCUACGAUGGCAAUGUGUAUCCUAGGCUCUUCGAUUCGGCCAAGCGCAGCACCAUGAACCAGAAACCCGUCCAAACAUCCUUUGAGACGCACCUGAAGCCCCUGAUGAAGGCUAAGCUUUAAAGCAAACACAACCGAGUCAUGUGUAUAGAGAGUAAUUGUGAAUGAGAAACAGCUUGUUUUGUUUAAAUUAGUUUUAUACCAGUUUUAUUUAGCAAAUCAAAACCAAUUUCUCAGUACAUUCAGCGCAUUUUUAAAAAACUAACAAACUAAACGCUUACAAAGUAGCAAAAAAACUUGAUGUAAAAUUUGACAAAACGUACUAUGGGUCGAGAGUUGAACAAACAUAGUACUUGUACAUAUCAAAAAAGUUGCGGUUGCGUUUUUUACAGUGUAGAAAAAGUUGUGUUCUGAAAAAUGUUUUAGUUCCUGUUGCUGCUGUUGCUGAUGUUUUCGUGUAUUUUGCUUUUUUGUUUCGGUUUGUGUGAGAGUGUGUGCAUGUUUUUUGUGUGUGAGUUUCAGUUUUGGAUUGGGGAGAGGGGAAAAUAGUUUUCACUACUGAUGAUGUUCGAAAGUUCCCUUUGUUAUAUGCUCUGCUGUCGAAGUAGUAGUAGGUUUAAUUCAUUAUUUAUGCAUUAUACACAGUUACACACACAAUUGAUUUAUGUUGCUAAUUAUAUACUUAUAUGUUAUAUAUUAGUUUUCGUUUUUUCGUAACUUCUUUUCGCAAUGAAAAUAUGGCAUGAGAGUUGGAGAGAGAAUAUUGGUUGACUAACAAUUAAACAAGUAUUGCAGCUAAUUAAUUGAUUGUAUGGGUAUGGGUGAGUAUAACAUUUGUUGCUGGACUGCUUGGUUUUAGUUUAAUUUGAGUUCGCCUUGUAAACUUAACAAUUAAUUUUCACUAUUGCAUGUAAUUAUGAUCUGUUGCUACUGUUCUUGUUGUUGAUGUUGUUGUUGCUCGUAUUCGCUUUUGUAUUUUGCUUGCAAAACUAAACAAUUGUCAGUGACAGCGAACGUAAAAACUAAAUAAAUGCACAAUAAUUAAUGCGUUAAUCCGAUUUUGAUUCUUAGCCAUGGAAGAAGCAGUUGAGUCAAGCGAAGGAAAUCUCGAAUAACUCUAAAACCCAAGUGGAAACCUAAAUUAAUGUACAAUUGCUUUCACGUUGACGAUUUCUCAAUUCAUAUCCAAUUCAAUUUUAACUUGAGUUUCAGUUUCAUUUCAAUAAAUAUUCGUGGUUUUGUGUUUUCUAGAAAAAAGUAGAAAUAGUCCUUUUCAUUUCAAUUCUGUUGGUUUUUAGUUGACAGGAAGGUUCACAGUGUUUAUAAAUCUGUUUUUUGCCUGAUUUAAUAUUUUUCGUUUUUUCUUUUCGUUUUGUUUUGUUUUAGGAAUUACACUAAUAAUUACAUAGUUCCGCUUAUGUAUAACUUAAAAUCAUUUAUGCAUCGAUUUCCGCUUGCUAUGUGCCGCACAAUUCAUAAUUAUAAUAUUUUCAUUGGACUUCGUUUGACAAUUGAUUGUUAAAAUAAAAGUGUUAGGUAUGUGUGGGGAUUCGACGAGGGGUCUAUAGAGAGUUGAGA